UGUGUCCUCAUCUCAAACUCUCUGCUCAUCUCAAUCAGUGCCUGCUUGGUCUUCCUGGUUCUAAUACAGCAACACACACAGAGCCAGCCAUGCAAGCGACUCGGGCACCCACUAUCAGUGUGCUUGCCGACUGCAGCAUCCCAGCCGGGCUGCGGAUAGGACCAGUCCCGGGCAUCUUCAAACUCGGGAAGUAUGUUUCAGACCGCAAGGAAGUUGGAGUCAAAAAGAAAAUUCGCCUGGUGAGGGGGGAAUUCGUGGACGAGUCUGGCAGUGCGGGUUCAGAUUGGAUUGGGUUAGUACGCGCGGCCAGAAACAGUCAAGAACAGAACCUCGAGGCAGUCUCGGAUUUACCUGGAGGACAGAUAUUCUAUCGUGUGCUGAGAGAAAUUCAGACUGGGGAAGAAUUGAGCGUUUGGUAUUCCAACUCACUGGCACAAUGGUUUGACAUUCCUACGACUGCAACUCCAACACAUGACGAAAAAGGCGAGGAGCGCUAUAUUUGCUGGUAUUGCUGGAGAAUAUUCAAAUACCCGAACACCCUGAAAGCCCAUGUUCAUUUCCACUGUGCGUUGAGCACUGGUAGGAGCUUUGUGAGCAACGAGCAAGCGAGAGGCCCCGAGAACUUCAACAGAUCUCCGAAAUCUGGGGAUAUCCCGAAUAUUUCGUGCUCUCCGAGGAAUGGCCACAACAUCUUAAUGACCGAUUCUAUGAAACGGGCCGUGUCCACAUCACCAUUCGCCAAUAAAGCGGGACUUUCGAAAAAGCCAAGCCCAGAGGAGCAGGACCGGGCCCUUGACAUGAGUGUGACCUCUGCCAGGAACCCCGGACACAUGCUGGGCCUCAGUGGGACAUCAUCUGUGCUUAACAGUAUGGGCUUCCAUCCCGGCGUCCGUUCUGCUUUCAAACCAAUGGGACUUUCAAAGAUCUCCCCAGCUGAGGUCGCAAGUGAUGAGUCCAACGGAAAACCAAACGGUAUAGGGUUCAGUAAACUGUUAGGAAACAUCAAGUCAGUGCGUUCCUUGAAUGAACCUUUGCCUAAUGUCCAUCCCUCAAAAUGCACGCACCCUAUGGAUACCACACCUCCUGUGAUUCCCUGUGCAAACACUAUCCGUGGGUUUCCUUUACUACCACAUUUUGAGGAGACCUCUGCUUUCAAGCAUGUUGACAGUCGCAUGCACUCUGCACUGUCUCCCUCACGUUACUCCCAACUACCUGCCGGCUUUCAUUUCGAGAGGUUCUCCUUGCCUCAGUUUGAUGGGGGGAAAUCAUACAAUGCAGACUGCAACAUACCCCUCAUGCCAUUUACUAUUUACAAUGGAGAGCUCCUGUACAGUUCACCAUACUAUCCUCUAAAAUUUCACUUUGGCAACCUGCUUAAAUACCAAGACUCUGUGUCCUAUUUUGGCGCACCUGCUCUGAAUCCAGAUCUGAAUUCAAUCACGAACAUCGACAGGGAGAUAGCCAUGCACACGCAACAGCUGUCUGAAAUUGCCGUAGAGAAAAACCGCUCAAGGCUGGAGUCCAUGCCCACGUCCAACCCAAACUCGGGCAAGCCCAAAAAGGGACAUCUGUGUCUUUACUGUGGCAAAUUAUACUCUCGAAAAUACGGGCUGAAGAUUCACAUGAGGACUCAUACAGGGUACAAACCACUCAAAUGUAAAGUUUGCUUUAGGCCCUUUGGUGAUCCCAGCAAUCUCAACAAACACAUCCGAUUGCACGCGGAGGGAAAUACUCCAUACAGGUGCGAGUUCUGUGGGAAAGUGCUCGUGCGCAGGCGAGAUUUGGAAAGGCACGUCAAAUCAAGGCAUCCAGGUCAAACGAUCAAAAAAUCCGAUGACAAAAUGGACGGCAUCUUCGAAGAUGCUGAGCAAAAAAGCGACAAUGACAGCGACGUUGACGUUUGCUUCACAGAUGAUCAGAGCGACCAGGAAUCGAGUAAAAAUAAUGAUUAAUGGACCAAUUAAUGGACACAUUAAAAUAUAUUUUGCUCUUAUGUAGCUAAAUUAUGCAUGUACAUAUUGAUUGAAAUUAGACUGCUUAAUUUAAAAUAUAUAUAUAUAUUGUAAAAACCCUUGCAGAAGGAGCAACAAAUGUUCAUAAAGUAAAUAAAAAAAAAAAAAAGAAAGAAAAAAGAAUUCGGUUCCUUUUCAGGCACAGUUUCAUAACGUAACAUACUUACUGAUACUGAGUACAUCUCAGCACCGCCAAUGUGGAGCUGCACUUUAUAAAGACGGGUUUAUGCAGUUAGGCACUGUGCGCUUGCUUCAACAAUUGCUUUUCUUGCUUCCUCUUUUCUUUUAAAAAUGUUGUCUUAAAAUGUCCUUUUAUUAAAUUCAAUACUACGUACUGGAAUUAAUUCGCACUUUUUAUUGCCAAAAACCUUCAACUCAUUCUGUAAAAAUUGCAUUUGGUGAACAACGGACACCUGUAUCCAAUAAAAAUAUAAGCUGGUGUUUCUAAGAAAUAUUGGUGUCUCUAUUUAGUUGAAAAACUAUUGUAAAAAUGUAAUUAUGACGUACUGUGGCAGAUGUGGGUGUAUUGUUUAUUAUUAAUUGAUAGGAUAUUGUAUAUGACCAUUAUUUUCCUCAAACAAAUACAAAUACAUUUCAUUGUCCGUUUUUGAAUAAAAUGGACAAAUAAAAUAAAAUAAAAAAAGAGGUUUUGAUCAGUGUUUUAAUACGAUUUUUUUAUUUUUUAUUUUAGUUUUUACUGGAGGAUAUUAUUCGAGGAUUGCGGGUGAUUUUUAUCUCUUGGCACACCUGAAAGCGUCAUUUGCGCACGCUAUAGUAAAUCGUCUUGGGACGAAUUCUCUGAGACAAUUAAGAGACAUCCUCAGAGACAAUCGAGGCAGGUAAAGCGAGAAACAGCUCUUUAACAGAAUUUAGGAAGUUGUUUGUUGACACAAUCCUAUUAAAACCAAAUCCGAAAAAUAUCUAUAUUGAUGGAAUGAUUUUGCAUUAGAUGACCAAAUAGCUUCAAAAGAGUAGGCUAUGGUCGGAAUUAAUAACGCCCCACUUCCAUAUUGAAAAAUAUUUUUCAUAACGUAAUUUAAACAUUAAAAUGUGAAAAGCACAGACUCUAUUCCUAAAACGUGAAUAUUAGAAUGGUGGUCCGUAUCGCUGGAUGUUAUGUUUUUUUUUUUUUUUUUUUUUGUUUUUUACACAUUUAAAAGAGAUGUAGUUGAU